AUCAAAUCGGAGGUGCCUCGCAGAGGACGUAUUAAACCCGGCCUUGCCCCAGGCAAUCUCCCAAACCUAUUUCCCCAAAUCUUUUCUCUCUCUCUUUUCCCAUUAACAUGUGAAUGGCAUCCCCCAUCCCCAGGGUUUUGGGUAAGGUCGCGCCCAGGUUUUCCCCACCUCCCAAAAAGGGGCGGGGCCAGAGAAAAGGAAGGGGUCGUGCAAAAGUUUAAGACGGGCAGGGCUCAAUUCGCACCCAGAUCUGGCAUCGUGCAAAUAGAAAGAGGACGCCGCCCGCCCUCCAGUUUUCCUUCCCACUCAGCUGCAACCGGGAGCGGAGCUGCCAAGCCCUCCAAACUUUUGUGAGGCAGCCAGAAUAGAAGUUCUUCGCUCCGUCUGCACUCCGGUUGCUUCGGCGGCCGCCAUUUUGAAAGGUUCUUUAUGAUGAGGGCAAAGCUGCAGAAAAGGGACCUCCGUCUCAAACUGGAAAACAAGAUGGAGCUAGCCAAGAAAGGAGGGCUACGGGACGGCACUCCAAGUUUGCAAGCUGAGGGGGGCCUAGGAGCAGGCCCCCAGCCCUCUCUCGCCCCCCCAGCUGGAGGGAUGGGGGGAUCCCUGGAGAUGCCCCACCAGCAAGAGGACCAGAGCAUGCUUAAUCUGUGGGAAACGCAGUACCAGGAGUUCCUGAGGGACACUUUUUCCGAGAAGCAGUUGCUGGAGGAUCUCACCCUUUGGGAGGAUCCUCAGGCCUUCCUGACCUCCUUUGAGAAAGUCGCCACGGCUUGCCGCUGGCCGAAAAAAGAAUGGGUGACGCGGCUGCUGCCAGCUCUCAGCGAGGAGUCCGAGAAGGCUUUCGUCGCCCUGUCCGCCGAGGACCGGGAAGACUACUGGAAGGUGAAAUCGGCCGUGCUGCGCCGAGAAGCCGCCAUCAGGGAGAAGCGACGUCAAGCGUUCCGCCGGUUCUGCUUUCAAGAAGCCCAGAGCCCCCGCCAAGUCCUCGCUCGGCUCCGGGACCUCUUCUGCCAAUGGCUGCGAGCCGAGAGGAGCAGCAAAGAACAGAUCCUGGAGCUCCUGCUUCUGGAGCAAUUCCUGAAUAUCCUGCCCCGGGAAAUGCAGAACUGGGUCAAGGAACGCAUCCCGGACACGUGCCUGGAAGCUGUGGGUCUGGCUGAGGAGUUUCUGAGACGGCUCCAAACGCCCGAACGGAGGGGAGAGCAGAUGAAGAAGCCCUCUUUGCCUCUGGAGCCAGAAACACCAGAGGCUAAACCAGAGGUGGCAUCAACACGGAGACCAGCCAGCGCAGACAGUCAGCAGCAGCCUUAUCCCUCAGGUUACAAGGAGCCCAACGGGAGCAAGAAGAAAAAAAUCCAGUGGGCCUAUUACGGAGACGUGAAACUCCGAGCGGUAUUUCCUGGGAGAGCCAAUGCUUGCCGUUGGAAGCAAGGAAGAAUCGACACCGUCUCACCGUGCCGUUAUUCCAAAAGGCUGCGGAAGAGCCACCCGCCCAUCCAGGUGGAGAUGCUGUCUUCGACUCCCCGCAAGGUGAAACCUAAGCUGAAAGAGCAGCCACCUCCUGUGCCGCAGACCCCCAAGGACCAGAUCAAGCACUGCGAGGACUGUGGUAAAAAUUUCAACGGAACGGCGAGUUUCCUCCGCCACCGUAUACGACACACGGGGGAGAAGCGCUACGAGUGCUGUUUCUGCGGGAGAGGGUUCUGCUGGCGGUCUGACCUGGUCCGCCACGAAUGCCAACACACCGGCAAGAAGCCGCACGAGUGCUCCUUCUGCGGAGAAGGCUUCGACCGCAAGUGGUUACGGGUAAAACAUCAGCAGACCCACCUGCAAAGCAAGCCGAAUCUUUGACCAGCGGGAAGAUGCACAGCAACAAGAAGAGGAAAAAAACAUAUUUUUUUUUUCUGCAGCUUUGAAUUCAAACAGGCAAUAGUACCUCAUCCACUUUUUUUAGCAUUACCUUUCUCGGAAAUAAAAAUGGUGUAAGGCAGUGGUUCUCAACCUUUUCUAGUGCCGCAACCCCAUAAUACAUUUCCCCAUGUUAUGGUGACCCCCAACCACUUAUACAUCACUGGGUGCCAGGGGCGUGGCCAAAGAAAAGGGGGAAAAAUGGCAGACAGCCUUGUUUGGCGACCCCCGUGAAAUGGUCGUUCGACCCCAAAUGGGGUCCCGACCCACAGGUUGAGAACCACUGGUGUAAGGGAAAAGCAGGCCAGAAACCAGCAUCUCUGAUGAGGGUUUGGUAAUAAUCUCCCUCUUACUUGGGAGAAUUUUGAAAUGUCCUGAGAUUUCAGGUGUCCGAUAUAUUUUUCGGGCAGAAACUGGAGGCUGCAUUUAAUCUCAGAGCUGCCAAUAUCUGUUGGCAGCUGGUCGCAGAUCCCUGGUUUGAAAUUUUUAUCCCAUGCGAAGGUGGCCAUCUUGUUUUUUAAAAAAUGUUUUUUAAUGAGCCAGCUUUUCAUUAAAAAAAAAGAGAGAGAGAGCAAACGAAACUUCCCAAUUGCUUUUGUGCUCAUAGCUUUAUUGGCAAAAAUGACGACUAGAACGGUCGAUCUGCUUCCCGGGUUUGGCGUGAGAUUUAAGAAAACCUUGGGGACUCUUUUUGCGGUUUAAUGAGAAAUAUACAGCUGGUCUUUGACUUACGACGAGAAUUACAGUGCCACAUCGUGCUGGUUGUUAAGCAGCUGGAAACUGGUCAUAAAUUGAGGACUGCCUCUAUAUUCUGUUCUCUCUGCUUUCCGGAUGAAUAAUGCUUCUUGUGUAAAAUACUUGGUUUCACACGUAGUGAUCUUGAGAAUGUAUACAUACUAGGAAACCAACUUAUUUGCAAUUUACUGAUUGAAUAAAUUGCUGCCUAAUAACCAAAGGAAAGAGAUAGUCAUUAAUCCUAUUAAUAGGAUUAGCAAUUUUUCGUCCCAGUCUUUUAUCCCCUGUACAUUUUAACAUUUUAACUUUCAUCUCCCCAAAUGGCUACCCGGCGUGGCUUAUGGGCUUUGGGGAACUGAAACCUACCUGCCCAGGGCCAGGGAUAGAUUAAAGGGCAGCAAAGCAGAGGUUUAAAGGUGUGAAGCUCUUUAGAUAUAUUAAAAUCUCAAUAUGAUAUAGGAAUCUCACAACACUGGUUGCGGUUUCCUCUUUUAGACAUGACAAGUACCUGUCUGGCCUCAGUUUUUCGUAACGCUGGUAGCCCUGUCCAGCCUUUGCAGAAGUCUCAAAAAAAGAAAGAAAUGUACAGUAUGGUAAGAAUCCAGGUCACAAAGAUGGGAGACAUUUUAUAAAUAUUCUCCUGGCAUGCCUUGUAAUGUGACAAGAAAACAAGCGCCUUCUAAAUGCUCAAGUCCUGCUCGGAUCUUAAAGAAAAUUACAAUGUAUGUGAAUGGGGGAGAGGAUCUGUUUCCAGAAUUUAUACUGUUGGCCAGGGGUCUUUACAAUUGGCCCUUUUAUGACUUGUGGACCAACUCCCAGAAUUCCUCAGCCAGGAGUUGAAGACCACAAGUCAUAAAAGGGCCAAGUUUGGAAGACCCCUGCUGUUGGUUGGUGUUGGACAAAAUUGUAUUUUUCUCUGUGUUUUAUAAUUAGCCUCUUGGUGUUAAUUGUUUCUGGUUUCCACUCAGUCAACUGCAUUAAAUUGCUAUAUAUGCGGGCUCUUCUCUGAGACAGUAGUGCAUUUUGAGUUUGUUGAUUAACCGUUUUUCAGCUUUCGUGCUAUUUUACAAGGUUUUUUU